AUGGGAUCGACAAGAACUAAGCUCUCCAACACAUCGUCGCUCGCUAAGCACCAUGCUGUACUUGGAACAAAUACGCAUGCUUCGUUCCAUGUAUAUCCGCAACGACGUCCUAUUACUUUCAACAGAGCCGAUAUGCAACUGCUCACUCAGGUACCGUACCCUAGAAUUAGAGCAUUAAUAAAGAUUACGAUGAAGCAAGCCAUUCAUGAUAAUCUGAAUCCUUUCCUUGGAAUGUCGUUCAAUGAGAAAGAUGAAAUGGUUUUAUUGUGGAAAUUCUGCUCUCGUGGUACUGUACAGGAUGUCAUUUAUAACCACGAUAUGGUGAUGGAUGCUAAAUUCCAUGGAGCUUUUAUUAGAGACAUCACCUUGGGUCUGGAAUAUCUGCAUUCCUCUCCCAUAGGUUAUCAUGGUUCUCUUACACCAUGGUCUUGUCUCAUUGAUAGAAACUGGAUGGUGAAACUCACCGAUUUCGGUAUUGCAAAUCCCUUGGAACGUUGGGAGAAACAAGGAUUGAUCUCCACGGAAACCCUUAAGGAAGGAGAUGAUGACGGGAAA